AUCGGUUAAGUGCGUGUGCGAGUGUGUUCGCCCUUUCAUAUCGCUGCGUUAAAGGAGUCAGUCAUUAUGGCUACCGUAUCAGGAAAAAAGGGCAAAAAGACGAAGAAGAACAAGCUUUCGUUAGGCGAGUUCCUUACCGAUGGUAAUACGGGCGCACUGAACCAGGUGCAGAUUUCUGUACCGGUCAAGCUCAGCGGCGACUGGGGCGAUGAUGUGGAUGACGAUGAUGAUGAACGUUCCCUGCGAACGCAGGUUAUCGCAUUGCCGACGGCACCGCGGGCUACCCGGAUAAUGAACGAUGACUCGAUUCCGCAUCAUCCGCCCUUUUCGAUCUACGUGUCGAACCUACCGUAUGAUAUCAACGAUGAAGAUCUGUACGACUUCUUUCCUGGCAUGGACAUCGUCUCGAUGUCGCUGCCGCGAGAUGACGGCGAUUCACGUCGGCUUCGUGGCUUCGGCAACAUCGAGUUUGCUUCGCGCAAUGAUCUGAUCAAUGUACUGGCCAUGCCCGAACCCAUCAUCCGCAACCGGCGCAUUCGCAUCGGGCUGUACAAUGAGAAUGACACGAAACGGCGCAACAAUCGAUACGACAAUUUCGGUGGUGGCGAUUCGGAACGCGGUGGAUCGGACAAUUGGCGCGACCGGCCGGACGGCAAUAGUAGCGGCUACGGUCCACGCGGCUCCGACGGUGGUAACAGUGGAAUGCGUCGCUAUAAUAACUACAACCGAGAUCGUGAUGAGCAACGCGAUCGUCCCGAUUCAGGUGGUAACUGGCGGGCCGGAGAUCGCCCUGCGGCAGCAGCAGCACCCGUUUCGCCGAACGCAUACAGGCGCUUCGGCAGCGGAGGUCCAGGUGGUGAUCGCGACCGUGACGGUGGGUUCAUGCGCCGUAAUGUAGAUCGGACACCACGCCGUGACCAUGACGUACCAAUGGAGCGGCCAAAGCUGGUACUGCAGCCGCGCACGUUGCCAAUCCCGGAGCGACAGAAACCGAGCUCAAUCGAUGACGAUUCAGAAGUGAAUGACGGAGAAGGUGAUUCUAACAGGCGUAAUGGCGAAGAACCGGAACUGUCGUCCGCGCCACGUGCAAAACCGACACCGGUACCGGCGGCAAAGGUGUUUGGUGCUGCCAAACCGGUUGAUACGGCCGCCAGAGAGCGUGAAAUUGAAGAACGUCUGCAGGAGGAGGAACGAAAGGAGCGCGAAGAGCGCCAGCGUAAACGAGCGGAGGCUGCUGCAGUUGCUGGCGAAGAUGGCGCUGGAGGCGACAAUGAGCCGGACAAAGAGAAUGUUACUACACAGAACUGUAAGAAUAAAGCAGGCAAUGGGGAUGCCGGAGGUGCACCGGAGGAAAUCAUUAGCUGGCGUGUACGGAACACCGACGACGAAAAAGGUCAGCCUGCGCACGCUCAGUCGCCGACGCGAAUACCCAAUUUUAGCAUAAAACAUAACAAUAGAAAUACGGAUGAUCGCAAAACGGAUAAUCACCGAGAACAGAGGGGAGAUAAUCGUCCAGUAUAUCGCAACACUGCCAGAUAUCAACGCAAUUCCAGUGGCCACGAGGCCACGAUUGUCGGUAGUGAGGUGCCAGAUACUGACACGAAACAGGCGCAGCCUAAGGAACGUGAUGUGAAAAUGGAAGACCGUAUGCCUAAAUUUCACGAGCCUAUCGGACCAAACCUAUCCGUAAACAACACAUUCGAAGGACUCACGGCUGAUGAUGAUGAUAUUGGGGACUGAAACAAUACCAAAACCACUACCAACACCACUUCUUACGCUGAGUGUAUCUAUCAACAGAACUCGUGGCUUUUCUUAUUUUUUUGUUGUUGUAAUGUUUCUAUUUCUUUUGACACAUUUAUUUUCUUAUGUUUUGGUACUAUUGUAGAGUCUUCCUAUAUCGCCUCUACCACGGCAAUGGUUAGGACCCCACAGCAACUCUUAUACGCGAUUACUUAAACACUUCUACACAGCAUCAUACCAACACACAUACACUCAAACACGGACAUGCACAUACAUAAAUACAAACAAACAAACAAAUAGUACUGUUAAUGAGGCGUAAAAGGAAGAAAGGUUAACAAAUUAUAAAAAAAAUGUAUCUUGAUUUUGUUUAGCGCUUUAUUAUAAAUUUUAAAGCGCCCUUACGCGUGUCAUCUGUUCAAGACAUUAACUGGAAAAUGGUGACUAUUCGGCUUUAUAAGAAACGUAAAAUAAACGAACCAUCGGACACCUCUUCCCCUA